UUUUGCGCAACACCAAUAUCCUAUUUCUGAACCCGUAGGAGGGCCUGCCUCUGCGGACUAUGUCGUAGUCCCGUGGGGAGAUAGUCUCGGUAAUGUACAAGCAUGGCUAUGGAUCAAAUCACAUUAAGCUCUAUCCAGAAGUCUAUCUGGGAAGGCCAACUCCCUCUACAUAUUACUCUCGUUCCAUCUGAAAGUCGCACCUACGACCAGACAGAUCCAUAUCUCAUUUCCUUACCGCGGAUUUCAUAUCUGCCAUCUCUCCUCUCCAGACUCAAGGCUUUCUUCUCUUCAUCACUCAUUGACCCCGCCUCCUCAGAACCCCAUGACGGUUGGUUCUCCUUCGAAGGCGUCCCGCUGAAAUGGCACUACCCCGUCGGUCUCCUCUAUGAUCUUUACGCGGGUGCGGACCCAGCGACCAAAUCGAGUGAAGAUGAUUACUCGCCCACUUCGGAAGCCGGUCCCCUUCCCUGGCGACUUGUUGUGCAUUUUAGCGACUGGCCCGACGAGGAGCUCGUCCGUCUUGACGCACAAGGCAUGGUCAUGAACGAUGCCUUCAUCAACAGCGUCAAAGAGGCUGAUUUCGUGCGCAACGGUACCGCAAAGGGAAUCAUGACUCUCUCGAAGGAUGAUUCUUCGGGUUUAUGGAAGGCCGUUCAAGAUGUCGACCUCCCCUCCUUCCAACGAAUAAUGAACAUCCUCCUCCCACUAAACUCCCAUCAACCCCUCCGCAACCUCCCUGUCCGCCUCUUCCUCCCUCUCCCACCAAAGCCAGACUCCGAUUCCAACUCCCCCUUCCUCAAAGUGGUCCAAUCGCCCAUCCCGCCAACGAUAUCUGUCACGCAGCCCCAGCAACAGAUGAACCAGUCCACUAUACUCUCUUCAUCGCGCAUCUCGGGGUCAGUAUCCGCAGGGACACCGCAAACGCAAACGCAAACUAUCGGCACAGCACUUCACUCUAUCCUACCCCAUCUAUUUCCGAGUCGCAGGACCCCUGUCCUGGCGAAGCCUGUGCUGCAUGGUGCCGCGGUGCCGAUGUCUGCGCCUGUGGAGGAAGUGGUGAGGUGCGCGGCUUAUGGGGAUGGGUGGGUUUACAUUGUUGUGAGGAUGAUGGGGUAAUGAGAUACAUGCUGCUACUUAUCAUAAGAGGGUGAUCCAAGCUCCACGUUCUUGAUGACCUUAUUAUGAGAAAUCAUACAUUCUUCUCGAUCGUGCUGUUUUAGCCUAGCCAGUAUCAGAUGAUCCGGUUUUAUCCUAGCACUGCGUCCACCUUAGGCCUUAGCCAAUCCAGUCGUAAGUCCGUCGCUUGUAACGCCGGCGGUUAAUUAGCAGUCA